AUGAUUGUGUGCGGCAAGAAGAAGCCACCCCCCGCCGCAAAAUCUCAGGUCGGCGCCCCGCCCAGCUCCGGCGCUGCACCGCCCAGUGGAGCGCCGGCACCCGUAGCCAAGAGCAAGGAGGCUAAAGUGGGUUUUUAAGAAAACUUUUUUGACUUUUAGUAUUUUACCGUAUACCUACCGUAAUCUACUGUAUACCUACCGUAACCCACCGUAUACCAUGUGCUACCAUACUGUAGCCCUAGAAAUGCCCUGGCUUUACCCUACUUUAACUUUUAGCCCCAUCCUAGCCCAGAAAGUCCAAUUUUAAUAUUUUUUUAACUUCAGGACGCUCCGAAAUCCACAGCUGGAGCGCCGGAUUCAAAGGGCGCUGAUAAGCCUGCAGACGGUGUAAGUUCCUUUAUUUUUGAUAUAAAACAUUAAAAAUUAUUAUAGCAUGAGCAAAAAAGUAGUUAAAAUGCAUUUCGAAUCCAUUUUGAACAUUUUUAGUAACGGUACACUUUUUUGGUACUAAUGGUACUAUUUGAGAAUUUUUGGUACUUUUUAUCAAAAAAACCUUGAAAUUAAAUUUUGUUGGUACUCCAGAAUGAAUUUUAAGCAGUUUUGGCAAUGGUACUCUUUUUGUUACUAAUGGUACUGUUUGAAAAUUUUUGGUACUAUUUUUCAAAAAGUCGUUGUAACAAGUUUCUGAUUGGUUUAGACCAAGUUAAAGCUAAUUUUUACCUUAUUUGAGCUUAUUUUGCACGAUUUUUUAACCAAUUUGUACCAUUUUGAGCUUAUUUUGACCAUUCUGGGGACUAAUUAAUACCAUCUUUAUGUCAAUCUUAUACUAUAUUGAAAGAUAAUUUAAGCCACUUUGUUCCAGACUAAACAAUAUUUUGCUUUUAGACGGCCAAACCGGAGGAGAAGAAGGACGACAAGAAGUCGGAGAAGAGUAAGGCCGGCAAAGCGCCGGAGAAGGACAAGAAGGCGGCGGAGGAGAAGAAGGACGGCGAAGAAGAGGACAACGGCGGCUACGAAAGCUGCCCCGACAUGACUCCCGAACAGUUGGCCAAAGUCGUCGAGGAAGGCAAAUAG